UGGACGGGCGGUCGUGUCGAUGCGCGCUCGCGGUUUACGCGUGUUUCUUGUAAUAUCGAAGUUAAUUGUUUAAAAAUUUGACGUCAUCCCGUUUAUUGUUUACGCGAUAGUUCGACUACUCCGGUGUUCGGUGCCGGAGGAGAUUGUGUCAGUGCAUGUGUUAUCUUUUGACGUUACUUCACUUGCUGUGAUUUAGCUGAUAGCUGACCGGUGGGUGCGCGUGAUAAUACUAUACGUGUUUUUGACGAUUAAGUCGUCUAGUGUUGGUGUUUUAACUGCACCAUGCUGUGCAAGGUGACAUAGUGAACGCUGAAUGACCCUGACCUCUGGCAACCAUGUCUGGGCGAUCGGAUUGCAGGAAAUUCGCUCCCAACAUCUUCAAUAAGAGCAAGUGCACUAAUUGCUUUCGGCAGAAGGAGGAGCACAGCGCCGAAGCCUUGGAAUCUAAUCGGGCCAGUCGAAAGAUAUCAAAAUGCGGAUAUCUUUUCGUGGCGCCCGGCUGGGACUUCUCCAAUCCGCUCUACAGAACAAAGAGAUGGCAGCGGAGGUGGUUCGUUUUGUACGAUGAUGGCGAGUUAACAUACUCGCUUGACGAACACCCAGACACAGUCCCUCAAGCCAGCAUCGACAUGACAACAGUCCUUGAAGUUAGCGAAGCUGACUCGGUUACCGGUCACGCUCACAGCUUGGCGGUCACGGCACCAGAGCGGGUCACCUUCGUGAAGGGAACCUGUAGGGAAGAGGCGAGGUGGUGGGCUGAUGUUCUCAGCGUGUAUCCUAGGAGCAAGGGCCGACACAAACGAAACGCGACAUUUCCCGGAGGCCAGACGGCGAGCCUGCUGCAAUCUUCAACGGCAAGAAACCAUUUACCCGCCGUUGCAGAGUACUCAGCUGAUGCUUCGACUCUUCGCGACGCAGCAGACGGGUGCACCGCGGGUCGACCAAGAUACUGCGGAGCGGGAACCACUACCUGGCCUGGACCGAGAGUCCAGCCUCCUCAGCCGGAGAUUCCGAGCUUAGCACCGCCACAGCCUAUAGACACCAAAGUGUACACCGACCAGCCAGUCUCCUCGGCUUCACCCCCGACUAGAGACAAGAUCAACGGGGAAGAGAAGGCGCGCUCACGCCGCCGAGACACCUGGGCCGAACCUUCAACACCGACAGCACCUGACGACCCUGCCAGUGUAUCAUCGCCAUUACUGCAGCACCGCUACGACGAGCAAUUGCGCGACAUUGCCGCUUCUCUGACGCGCCCGCGCAGCCGCAGAGCUCUACCACCUACGCUGGAACGGCCCACCCGAUUGGCACCUGAUCGCUUACCUGUCCGAGGAUCACCAGACGGCGCCGUGCCACCAGAAGAAGGCAGCUCCAGCUCAGCAAGCGAAGGCAGCGAGCCCACCGACGUGGUAGAGGCGGCUGAAGCCAGCGAGAGCGGGCGGGUGGAGCUUCCGGCCGAGCGCCUCCUCCACGCGAGAGCUGGCUGGCUCCAGCGCCGCGGGCCCGGCGGCUGGUCGCGCCAUUGGUUCGUGCUCCGAGGAGCAGCGUUGCUGUACUUCAGGGACCCCCAUGCGGAACACAGGGGGCUCAUGGAUGGGGUCAUUGACUUGAGCGGUAUCUCGAGGGUGGUGGAACUGCCCACGUCGGCGUCUACUAAUGGAUAUGGUUUUGAGACUGAGACAUGGGAUGGCAAACAUAUCGUAUUGUCAGCAGUAACAGCGGGCAUUCGAGCUAAUUGGGUGUCCGCUAUGCGCCGUACCGCUGGCCUGCCAGAAUCCAAACCGCUCUCCCUACUCCUGCGGGAAGACAGCGUCGACCAAGCUUCGGAGUCUUCCACGUCGCCCGUCACUCCCGUGACCCCCAUCACAAACAGAACAGCGCCAUUCUCCUCCGAUGAAGAAUACCGAACCGCUUCAGAGGGUGGUCGACGAGACAGUGCAGACUGGGGAGACAUGGCGCCCCAGCCACCACCAUCACCAAUUCUAAACAGAACACCCAUCAGCAAGGUCAAAGAAAAAGUCCGCGCACGAGGCUGCCACCAGACUCCACUGCGAGAUACGCCGAAAAGCGAUAAAGACGAAAUAGACUCCGCCAAAGAAACCCGUCCAGACGAAGUCGACGAAAACGAAAAGCCAAACGAGCCACGCAAACGCAGCUACAUAUCGACCAUCGACAAACAGUCUAUUGAAAUCGACGACCUGCGAAAACAACUGAAGCUCGCACUCUCAGACGUCAACGCUGCGGAGUCUGAACUUGCACGCCUCCGCAAGCUCAAAUCAGAGGCUGCUCUUAGAGAAAAGAAAAUGGAGGAACUUGUGACAGCUCUGCAGCAAAAGGAAGAAGAAUUGUCAAUCAGAACUAAAGAGGCUGAAAAUUUAGAUGCAAUUAAACAGAUGUACAACCAAGAUAAAACCACCUGGGAAACAAAAUUAACAGAAACUCAGAACUUCCUAAAAGAGUCGACGGAACACUGCGAGUUGUUGACGAAGCAGCUGGCUUCAGCGCAGGAGAACGUGCAGCAACUGCAACGAGAACUCAACGAACUCAACGAGAAGCUCAUGAAGAGCGUAAAGGAGAACGAUGGUUUGUACAUGAGGAUCAGAGAGCUGGAGGGGCGCGUGACGUCAGAGUCGCCGGUCAAGGAGAAACGAAAGAGCAUCGGCUCUCUCAGCGACCUCAGCCACCUCAACAGAAACUUGGACUUGGAAUCCUUAGAGAAAAACAGACUUAUCGAAGAAUACGUCGAGCUUAGAUCGAGGUUCGUUAAAGCCAUACAGGAGAUCAAAACUAUGAAGAAAGAACUCCGAGAUUCUCAUAACAUGUACGACGAACUGGAAAUAACUAACAUGAAGCUGAGAAAUGAAAUGAAAUUGAGAGAGCAGUGCAGUAGAUCUGAGAUCGACUUAAUGGCGGCGCGCAUUUUAGAUUUAACGCAGAAACUGACGGCCUCCGAUAAGCAAGUACGGACCCUGAAACACAAAAUACAGAAGUCAGAGUCCAGAGAAAAACGGCGAAGCUUAUCUCUCAAGGGCAGAGAAUCCUUCACGUUAGGUAAGGAGGUUGAAGAGAAACUGACUGAACUAGAAAACAAGAUCACACUUUUGGAAACGGGAGAACCCGCUCCUAUCAUAAACUCUCCGUCGAAGAGUGCGUCGCCUGCCAAAGAGAAAGCUCCUAAAGCCGAGAGCUCGUCAGAAGAGAAGAGAGCAAAGAGGCUAGCCGCUCGGUUGAGGAGGAAGUCACUCGACAGCGCAUUGGCGACAAGCUCGGAGCCUAUGAAGAUGCUCGUCCGACUCACGUCAUUAGAAACCAAAGUUGCUUCAGCUAUCGAGAACAGGCGAGACUUAACAAACUCGUGUGAAUCUCUCAGCCAGGCCACGCGGUCUACCAACAGCCCAGUAUUCACAGAUAGCCCGGAGAGUGUAGGGACGCAGUCGCAACGACACUUGCUCGACAGGCUGCAGAGUCUCGAGAGCGUCGUCAUCCACUCCCGCGAUAAAGUCAACGAGUGCCUGUGCCAGAUGAGCGCCAUGCGGGCGGCCAAGUCCAGGCGAUCCCCGUCUCCUAGUCUCGAAAAAUACAGCAUCAAGUCCAUGGAGAAAUGCUUGACUGACGUCAGUAAGCGACUUCAAGAGUGCUUCGAUAAGUGCGUCGUAGAUUGCGAUCAUGGAGAAAUAGAUGCCAACGACAGCGUGGCGCAGGUGGUCGUUCAACUAGAAGAACAGCUCCGGACCAAGCUUCUACAACUCUCCAAGAAGAAAGCGGCACUCUAUGAGGCGGGUGAGCUCACUCAGAGGAAGAGCUUAGAAAUCUUAGCCGAAAAACUAGCGUACGAGGCAGUCCUGGUCACCAGGAUCCAAGAGGCUCUGGAAUCUUCCAACGGGAGCAGAUUCUUCGCUAGAUUAAUAAAGUCUGAAAUAAUCGAAACUAGUCAAUUAAUCGAUAACCUUAAGUGUAAGAUAAGCGGGGACAGCUGUCGGAACAUCAGCAGCACGAGGAGCUCGCUCGACUACCUGGCCAGGAUCCUGUCGAGGAAGAUCGACUUCAUGAACAGCACGCGCGAGGCGCGGGACCUGCGGGCCUCGGAGCUCAUCAUCCAGAGCGCGGACCUGGAGGCGCUGCGAGCGUCCCAGCGCGAGGUGGCCGCCGCCGUCGACAGAUACAAGACAGACAAGUUGGCGGAGUUGUGCUCCGCGCUCGCCUCCGAGGCUCUCGCUCACGCCCCCGGCGACGGAGACUCCGAACAGCGCUCCGGACUAGAGGCCGCCAGAGUACGUGAGGCAUGGGCGGCGGCGCGCGACGCGCUCGGCGCUGAACUAGUCCAGGCCGAAGUCGCACGCGCUUUAGGCCGAGCGGCACAACUAUGCGAAGAAAAUCUUGAUCGCGCGCGUUCAGGACGCUUAACUCUAACGGCUCAAGAUCGUGCAGAUUUAGAACUGUGGUGGCAGGCGGCACACGACCACCUGCGAUGCGAGAUGGACGCGGCCGUGCGCGACAUCGCGGCCAGAUACCGCGAGUGCCUCGGCGAGCGUCGAGGCAAAGAAGGGUCGCCGGGCGUGGACUCGCGCGUGUUGUUGCAGCAGCUGGCCGAGGUCCUGGCGCAUAAAGCUCUAGUGGACGCGCGGGUGGCCGUCGUCGAAGGGACGUUCAGGGCUUCGGCGCCGCGGGACCCGGCGCCGCGCACGCCGACGGACGCGAUCUCCUCCCUGGACGCGGACCCCGCGCAGGAGGCGGAGUUCGUGUACCUGUUCCAGCACUUCUCGAACGAGUGCCGCGCGCUCUUCUCCAGUGACUGUUCGGGUAACAGUGAAGACUUGACGAAGAUCGGCGAGAGCCUCGAGCGAGCGGAGGCGGCGGUGGCGGCGGUGUGCGGCGCGCUGGGGGCGGGGGCGCUGCCCCCGGGGGAGGGCACGCCCCCCGCCGAGGCCGCGGGCGGCGUGCUGGGCCGCGUGGAGGCGCUGCGGCGGCGCGUCGAGGCUCUGCAAGCGCUGGUCCCGUGCCAGCACUGCAAGCAGCUUCAGGACGCGCUAGACAGGCUGCAAGCCGAGCGCGCGCGGGGCGAGAGCGCGCGCGCGCAACAAGCAGGCGCGCUGGCGGCCGCGCGGCGCGCCCGAGCGGCGCUCUUAGCGCAACACGAGCGGGAACGCGGCGCGCUGAGAGAGCGCGCGAGAACGCUACAACGGAGGUUGGCGGCGCUCGAUUCGGAGUAUAGCGCGCAGUUGGAUAGCCUGCGCGCUGCUUACCAGGUCAGUAACCAAAGCGCAGUAUCAGCGGACGCCCACGGCGACGGCCUGCGCGCGCGCUACCAACAAGAGAUCGAGCAACUGCGCGCUCUGUGCGAGAAAGGUCUGCUCGCGAUGGAGAGCUCGCACCGUCGCAUCGUGCGAGAGAUGGAGGAGAAACACCGCGCGGAACGCGAACAGCUUAGGCUGGACAAAGAGCAAGCGUUAGCGGAAGAGACUCGCGCCACGCUCGCCGCGCUCGACGCCAUGCGCAAAGCGCACGAGAACGAAGUCCGACGUGAGGUGGACAAGUUCAAGGCGGAGUUCCUGAGCCGCGGCCAACAUGGAGACCUGUCGCAACUUAGCUCCCGCCAUCAGCAAGAAAUGGAAGAGAUAAAGCGAGAGAUCCUGUCGCUGAGUGAGAAGUACUCGGUCAAGUGCGUGGAGUCAGCAGCUCUGGAAGAACGACUCGCCGCGGCCACUGCGCAGCUCGCGCAUGCGCACAACCACAUCAUGCAGCUCGACGCUAGGAACAAGCAGCUGCGCGCGCACAUAAUGUCGGAAGCCAGCGAGAUGAAGAGCGAUGCGCUGCCGCACCUCAUCGAAGACGGAGCGCAUGGGCGAGAGGCGCCGCUGUGGCAGCACCUGCGGCAGCUGGCGGGCGCCUGGCAGCGGAACUCAGGGGAAGUCACGGAGCAGUCCGCUGCUGGAAGCGGCGCGGCCGACGCGGCCGGCCAAGAUUCAGUUCGCGAAGACAGAGGCAACCAGAAACCUGCAGUUGUCGCCCGUCCAGAACUAAGGACGCGUCGCUGCUCUGUGCGCGAGCGCACCACCGUCGCCCCGCUCGUUGGAAUGGUGGCCGAGCGGAAGAAGCGUUUCGAGCUCUAGACUCCAAGACUACGCCAACGGCAUACAGUCCUAUCUUCAAGAGGCCCGCGUCCAUUUUGAGAAGACCCUAUGAGUUGUUGUGUUCAAAAGAUUGACGAAGAUUUGUCCAUUUAAUAUUGUCAAUGAUUACGCUAAAGUCAUCGUAAAGCCUGGCGUCCACUUAUCACAGUAUAAGGACGACCUUGGCAGCGCCACGGAGCGCGGCGCGUACUGACGCGACCGGCAUCAUCCGGUCCGCAUAUACUCUCUGCACCUCGCUGCGUGCGAGCGCUACUCAAGGAAAAACCGCGCGGCGCAAAAUUUGUUAGAAGAAUUAUUACUGAGUCGUCCUUAUACUGUGGCGUAGUGCACGCCAGCCUUAUUAGGGGCCUAUUUACACGACGUAUCGCAUGCUAUUUAUGUUACAUUGCGGACUAUUGAGGAAAGAUACUUUCAGCACUAAAAUUAAAUGUCGUAAUGUACUGAGUCUGAGUCGAAUAAGAGUUCUGUUCUUGCAACGUGUAAGUAGGCCCUAAUAUUUAUUUCCGAAUGGACUACCCACCACGCUAGCACCUGGCCACUUUGCUUAUGCGUAUCCCAAUAAAUAGCAAUAUAUACUAAGUAUUACAGUAGCGUUAUUAACAUUAUUUAUGAGUGUUUCAUGACAGUGUAUUCAAAUGUAACCUUUGUAAUUGUAACUGCAGAGUAUCAUAAGUUAGAGAGGUUAUGUGACUAUAUUCAUUAUAUUAGACCAACACAAAUAUUGUCCCAACAUGUAGCCCUAGUGUAUCGUUAUGUUAUGACCAAAUAUAAUUCUCUUAAGUGGCCAGAUUCUUAACUCCCACCCACCACAUGAAAUGUAUAUAACUUUGUUAGUAUUGUUUUUACUUAGUUCUAGUUUUCUAACUGUAUAUUUCAUUCUUUUGUACGUUUUCUUUUCAUGAACUUGCGUGACUGAUUUCUUCAGUUUGAUAUUUCUAAGUUAGUUUUAGACGAUUGGUUCGUGAUGUAAAAAUGUAACCUUAUGUAAAUACUAACGGUCCUCCUUUUGUAACCAUUUGUUUUCGUGCACAGUUUCCCUGUCCAUUUAAUCUUUAAGGAAUUGUUACCAAAUAUUUCUUAUUUAUGACAUUUUUACUUUUUCGGGCGCGCCGGGCACAGUGGCUCACAGUUUACUAUGGAUCACUUGAAAGGUUAUGAAAUUGUAUGAAGUUGAAUUGUGUCACUGUGUCAGUUCGAGCCCUUGUUUAUUAUUUGUAGUUUUAUAGAUAGUUUAGAGUAUGCGUUGUGAGUGUGGGACAUAUAUGUACGGAGUUUGAGCCGGGCACGUUUUGCUUAUAUUAUAUUUAUAGAGGCAUAUUAUAUUGUUUUACACAUUAACAAGUUAUUUUAGAGCGUUAAAGUUUGACAUUUUCGGUUUAUCCCUAACCUGUGUGUAAACUUGUUUGUUACCAUGUUUCUGAACUGGGCAUUUGAAACUGUCUUCCAUCGCGUUUGACUCACAUGUUGUGUAUAGUGUCACCUCCGCGUCGGCCGUCCAAGGUCGAAGGCGUCUUAAGACCAGAGCACAUCGGCUGCGUGUACGUAGACGCACGCGUCACGCAACCAGUGUGCCGUCUCUGAUAGAAAUCUGUACAUUACAACGCGCACGCAUCCGGUGUACACUGGCCUUUAAUGUAUCGUAUUGCUCAAUGUUAUCUAGUUUCAUUAAAUUAUAUAAAGAGAUGAAAUACCAAAACAAUUGAUUGCAUUGUAUAACGCUUAUCGGCACCUAGGAUAAGUACGCGGCUGAAAAAUUAGUUGCGCACGCGUCGGUGUCGCCGCGGCGUCGUCGGUAUGUCGCAGGUAUGUCGCCGGCGUGUCGUUGCGGUGUCGCCGCUGCGUCUUCCCCUGUCUCAGUUGACGUUGUAAAGUGUUGGUUUACAUAACAAAGAUUUUUAAAUAAAACUACUUAAUACAA